GGCGACUGCCCACCUCCCUGAGGGGCGGGGAAAGGUUCUCAUCGGCUCAUCGUCUGCUCCUGCCGCUGUUUUCUUCUCUCCUAUCGGAAAAUGUAAAACCCUAAUCGGGAAAUUUCUCCCAAUCUCGCCUUGAUUUCCGACAAUGGACUCCUCGAAGCCUAACAGCGAAGAAGGCGGUCCGUUCUAUGACGCCAGCGACGACUUCCCUUUCUACGAUUGCGUCGAUUUCGACCAGCCGGAGCAGCGGUCUCCAGCUCCCUCUGCAACUCUGCGGAGGCGGAGGCGAUCUCGUGAUUCGAAGCACAAUGAGGGUCACCUCACUAGGCUAAGCUCAGAUCUGGACCGACCCGGCUCGGCCCGAGCUGCCGCCACCCCGAGCGGCGAUGAGAAGAAUGAAUCUUCAAUGACGAAAACUGCUAAUAGCGAGCUAGUCCUUGAUACGCUCGAAUCUGCCAGCUCAGUCCGAGCCGGCACUCCGGAUGUGCAGACGAAUGGAGGCUCUGUGAUUACUGAGGCGGACGGUGAGCCGGUCGGUGAGUCGUUCGACUCGAUGAGGGCGCCUGGCGACGCUGAAGCUCUGUCGUCGAGUAUGCUUAUCUCUCUGGUUGAGCUUAUGAUUAAAGCCAUAGGGUUUCAAAUUAAUCUCAUAGUUAGCAUGGUAACUUUCCCUUUCUGCUGUUUAUACACAUUUGUUAUGUUCAUCAUGGAUCCCUUUUCGACUAUGAGGCGAGGCCGAAAUUAUAUAAUUGGAAAGCUGUUAAAUUUGUGGAACCUGAUAUGGGAGUGUGCGAGCCCCUUCCUGUAUCAAUGGCUGAAGGAGCACGACUCAGUGUGGAAGCUUAUGUUGAGAUUUGGGUGGGGACUAUUUUGGGCAAUUUAUGUAUGCUCCAUUUUGUUCGGCUUACUGGUCACUGCAACUCUGAUUAGUGGAUUUAUAAUGAGGUAUUUGGUCAAGGAGCCAUUACGGAUAGAGGACAAGUUGAAUUUUGAUUACACCAAACACCAUCCUGUUGCUUAUGUGCCAUUGGUUUCUUGUGCCGGCAUCGAUUGUGGGGCGGAGUAUAAGGAAUUGGCUCAAAUUAGUGGCAGUCAGCAACUGCGAUUCAUUCUGCCUAAUAACAAGCUUGAGGCCACCGUAACCUUGGCAUUGCCUGAGUCGGAGUAUAACAAAAAUCUUGGGAUCUUUCAGAUCAGAGUAGAUUUCCUGUCUUCCACUGGUGAAACACUUGCAAGUUCAAGCCGUCCGUGCAUGUUACUCUUCAAAAGCGAGCCUAUACGCCUUAUGUUGACGAUGCUCAAGAUUGCUCCUCUAAUUGCUGGAUACAUAUCAGAGUCGCAGACCAUUAAGGUAAAGUUCCAGGGCUUUGUUGAAGGCAACGUGCCUACCUCCUGCUUAAGGGUGCUGGUAGAGCAACGAGCAGAAUUCCGUCCCAGAGCAGGAAUCCCAGAAAUCUAUGACGCAAAGCUUAUCCUAGAGUCUGAACUUUCUUUACUGAAAAGGCUCCUUUGGUCUUGGAGGAAAACCGUCUUUGUUUGGACGGUGAUGUUGUUUUUUACAGUGCAGUUGUUGUUUGCUCUUAUUUGUUGCCGACCAGUUAUUCUUCCUAGAACAAAAUGGAGGAAUGGAUUGUCGGGGAACAAUGCUACUUGAAAUGAUUACCUAGUGCGAUGAUUGGGUGUAAAGAUGUUAGAGGUCCUGAGUUGUAAGCAAUAUCCACACACACAAAUGCGGCUGGUUGGUGCCUUCUUGAUUCUCUCUCUUAUUGCAAUGUAUUCCACUAUGCAGCAAUACUGAGCUUGCUAAUUACUUCAAUAUUUUUCUGCCAGAAGCAUUGUCAUGGAAGUUCUAUUUGUAGUGUAGGUUUGUUUUGAUGAAGAUGGCAAUGAUGUUUUAAAAGCUUAGAUACGGGAUCUUGAUUAAACUGAGGACAUAUAGAAUGCAAUGCCAAUGUAAGAUACUAUAUAUGAAGAGCUUUCACUUUUAAGCUGA